CAAUCUGUGCAAGUAGUUAGAGCAUUAAAACGGCAACGUUUUUGGUUGUGAAAAAUGAAAACUGAGGAAUUUGAAUUGAAAAUCAAUCCUCUCUCACUCUCUCUCCCUGUCUGUGUGGAUCGCAAGCGCAACGAAAACCCUCACACUCUGUAAUUUGAAAUCCAAUUUUCCCUCCUAGAGGACGUAUAGAAGAUUUUUCUACUUUUCUAGAUUUUCUCCUUCGUCAUCUUUCCUUUUUGGUUUUUCUUGGCAGCCAAACAGAACAGGGCUCUGUCAGUUGUCCAGAUCUAUGUUUUCCAUAGUUUAAAGCCUCUCCAAAUGCUUGUGAAGUUCAUGAGCUUCUUUUGAAACAAUUUUUCUAUAAAUCUUGGAGCAAAUUGAUGCUUAUUAAGUUUCAUAAUUGAAAAUUUUAUGCCUUUUUUUUUUUCCAAAAAAAAAAAUAUUAAUUCUUUAACUUAUCUUCGUCAGAUGGAGGCCCUUUACGCGAAACUUUACGAUAAGUACACCAAGCUCAAGACUAAAAAAUUGUCAGAGUUGGAUAAGAUCAACAAAGAACAAGAAGUAAAAUUUGUGAAUUGUGUGACUGCUGCAGAAGAGUUAAUACAGCACUUACAGAAAGAAAAUGAGAGAUUAAGUUCUCAAGUUGAUGACUUGAGAAGUGAAUUGUAUUCAAUUAGGUCUUCCAUGGACAAACAGUGUGCUGAGUAUCAGAACCUUUUGAUGGAAGAGAACCAGAAGAAUAAAGCACUCACUGAGGAAGUUGAGAGGCUACGAAAGCUAGAACAGGAGGGAAUUUUUAGCUGUUCAAGGCACAACAAAACAGACAAUGAACAGCUCAGUACACCUCAUGAAGCUCAAACUGAAUCAGAAGAAUUGUGUGGAAGGACACAUAAGCGGAAGAGGCAUUCUAGGUCUGAAACAGAAGACAUGAUAAUACCUUGUGGCAAUGGUCAUGACACCACAAUGCUAGGAGAACCCUCAAAGGACUUGCACAAGGAAGCUGUGUCUAGUGGGGCCCUUUUGAAUAAUCAGCAGCCAGAAUGCUGUAGAAGAAUUAUUAACAGAUCAGGUGGUGCUGUGAAUGACAGUUUCCCUGCUAACUGCAUGUUUCAACACCUUGUUGAGAAUUUGGUGGGCAUGAAAUUCUCCACUGUUACUCAAAGUGAAGGCAUAUGCAUUUCUGCUAUGCACCAGUCAAGUGGUUACUCCUUCAGUCUGACAUGGGUGGAGAGUGGAGGCACGAAGGAAGCAGAAUUUGUAUAUCGCACCUUGUCUUUGGGGACAUUUGAUAGAGUAGCACCGGAUUGGAUGAAGGAGGUUAUUAUAUUCAGUACAACCAUGUGUCCAGUUUUCUUUGACAGGGUGUCCCGUGUUGUGAAGCUGCACUGCUGACCAAGUGCAAUAAUAGAUUGCUGUUCUUGACAGCCUAUUAAUCCGCAUGUCUUAUUUGUAAAUCAACAUAGGUCGUUUUGCAAGUUGUUAAGACAAAACUAAAGGUCAUAGGCUGUGGACUAGUGAAUUAAGUAUAAUUUUCGAAGAAAGCAUAUCAUGUAAUGUAUGAUUUCAAAGUCGCUGGCUUAAUAUGAAAAAGCAGAGACAACCUUUUGCUUAAAAUUGUAUCCGAUCAAGUAGCUCAUGUUUAUUGAAUCUCCUAGGGGAGAGAUUUGGCGACUGAA